AUGAGAUGCCUGUUGUGGGCGCUGAUGGCCCAACUGCACAGCUCUUUGGAUAUGGCAGCGCUAGAGAAGGACGUGCUGCACGACAAGAACGACGAUGCCUGGACGACUUCGUCCCAGUUCAAGCGCGACCUGGUGGCCUUGUUCAGCAACAGCUCUGAGGAACAGGUGCUCGAAGUGGGGGCCCACCUCGGCCAUUGCACUCGCGUUCUGGCGCGGCUCUUCCGCACCGUGCUGGCACUCGAGCAUUCCCCGCACGUGCUGAAGCAGAACGCCCAGCGGAACGCCGACCUGGCCAACGUGGUCUACUUGAGGUUCCACAGCGUCCUGGACGACUGGACGACGUUCGCGUCCACCAGGAUCUCGGCGGUUUUCAUCGACGCGGCCCACGACUACGCCAGCGUCCGGCACGACCUGGACAGGGCUUUGGCCUUACCAGAGGUGCACAGCAUCGUGCUGGAUGAUUAUGGCACCCGCACUGGAGUGCACCAGGCGGUGCACGAGGUCCUGCAACUGGGCCAAGCGACGCUGAAACGCUACGUGGGCCGUGCGCCGCCCUGGUCCUACGAUGGACGCACGGAGGUGCUUGACUGGGAGGGGGUGGUCUUGGAGCCAGUGAGGACGAAGAAGGAGGAGCCACCCCUGGCGCAGGAGGUGCUGGGUAGCUGGCUGGUCUUCCCUGCCGGGGUCUUCUCCACCGGAUACUUCGUGCCCCACGGCCACAUCGACCUCGCCAGCACUCAGACGGGGACCAGCUCCUAUGGUGCCUUGGAAUGGAGGCAGGCCAUCAGGGGUGAGCUGGGCAGCGAAGAGGAAGAUCGCACCUUGAUCCUCCAAGUCUCGGAGCCGCCCUACCUGCGGAUGCAAUGCCAAGUGAAUGCCGAGAGGACAGGCAUGGCAAUCUUGCGGAACGAUGGGGUGGUCUUGGUGGCUGUCCGGAAGGAUAUGAUGAGGGUGAUCGGUGACAAGUUGCUCAGCUUCUUACACUGA